AUGGCGUCUGCUGAACAAAGGUAUGAAGUGACCUGCUCGAUCUGCGUAGAAGUUUAUAUAGAUCCUGUGACCCUGACAUGUGGACACAGCUUCUGCCGGGGCUGCAUUGAGAAAGUGCUGGAGACCCAGAAAAGAUUUGGAGCUCAUACAUGUCCUGAGUGCAGAAUGAGGAUACAGGAACCUGUAAUACUGGAAAAGGACGACGAGCUAUAUAAAAAAGUAGAGGAUUUAUUGUCUACUCUUUCAAAUCAGGUCUUCUGCACUUACUGUAUUAACGCACCUGUUCCUGCAGCUAAAACUUGCAUGUUGUGUGAUGCAUCUCUUUGUGAUAAUCACCUAAGGGUUCAUAGUUCUUCAGUGGAACAUGUCUUAAUUGAACCCAACACAUCCAUUGAUAAAAUGAAAUGCCCCAUUCACAGGAAGGUCCUGGAGUUUUACUGCUGUGAUCAGGCUUUAUGUGUGUCUUGUACCUUGACUGGACAUCACAUGGGACACCAGGCGGAGACUCUACUUCAGGCCUCUGAGAAGAAAAUUGAGAAACUGAGAAAUAUUCUGGAUAAACUAAAUCCGAAAAGAGAUGGAGUUGAGAAAGAAGUUCAGAGCCUUCAGAAACACAAGAGAGAUGUACAAGAAAAGACAUCUGGUAUAGCAGAGAAAGUUUCUACCUUGAUUACAAAUAUUAAAAAACAGCUGGAAGAUCUAGAGCAACGAGUCCUGGGUGAAAUCUCCAGGCAGGAAGAGCAGGUCUCACUCCAAGUCUGGGAUCUAAUCCAGCAGCUGGAAAUAAAGAAGGAGGAGAUGUCCAGGAAGAUGGGUCACAUCGAGGAGCUUUGCACCAUGACAGAUACAUUAGCCAUCUUACAUGAACGGGAAUCAGACAGGAUUGACUAUUGUGAAGCUGAUAAUGAUGAUAACAAUGUCCAUGCGUUAAGGGGUCUAGAUCUAGGCUUGAUCUUGUUGACCUUACAUACAGGUUUAGCUGAUAUUGUAACUGGUACAAUGAGAAAGAACAAAGUAACCAUCACUUCCGACACCAACCCCGAUACGACCACAAAUCCAAUCCAGUCACUGAAUGUAUAUAUGGAUACAGAUAUAUUUCUGGAUGUAAACACAGCGAGUAAUGAUGUUACUAUAUCGAGUGACCUUAAAACUGUAUCUAGGACAGAUGUGAAACAAUGUCGCCCAGAUGGACACAUGAGAUUUGAGUCUCCACAGGUUCUAAGUUUAAAGCAUUUUACCUCAAGGCGGCAUUACUGGAAGGUAAAAACAAGUAAAUCAGCAAACUGGAUGGUAGGAAUGGCCUAUAUAAGUAUAGACAAGAAAGGAGAUCAGUCAUGGCUUGGCAGUAAUGCUAAAUCCUGGGGACUAGAGAGGUGGAAAGGUCAGUAUUCAGCAAUGCACAACAGUAAUGACAUUCAGUUACCACAGAGCCCUUCAUGUAACAAGUUAUGGAUAUACUUGGACUAUGAGGCUGGGUUACUGUCCUUUUAUGAACAAGGUCUCCCGGCCAGACACUUACACACCUUUACUGCCGCCUUCACCGAGCCGCUUCAUGUUUUAUUAUGUGUAGGAACGAAUUCGUGGGUGAGAAUAGCAAGAUAA